AUGGAGGAGAAGGCAUGUUUUUAUGAUUACUAUGAACCUCCUAUGUUUGUCAUAAAAAAUGUCGCAGCAGAGGCGAACAACGUUUACGGUAUCCAAAUUCAUAGCUGUUUCGCUAGUGAUGAUGUCGACAAAAGGUUCCCGAUCGUGGACAGCCGAGGUUGUUCCUCCGAUUUGACACUGCUGUCAGAUCCACAGUACUCAGACGAUAGCCUUACUGCCUAUGCGGAAAGUAAAGCGUUCGCCUUCACAGAGGCAGAACAGCUGAAAUUCGUCUGUAAACUCAGUCUGUGCACAAGGGACGGAGACGGUUGUGAAGGCGUUACG